AUGCCUCCAAAGAAGUUAAACAAAGAUGGAGACAAGAAGUCCCAAGACGACUCAAAGUCCAAGAAGCCUGCCGUUUCAGAAGAGGAAGUGCGGCAAGAAUCUGGAAAAGCCGCGAACGCUGCCCUUGCAGCACAAAAGAAAGCAAAAGAAUUGAAAGAUGCAGCGGCCGCCGCCAGUGAUCCGGACGAACGACAAAGACUGACAGAGGAGGCUACAAAUGCCCAUAUCGAGGCCGAGUCAUUCGGAAAGACGGCGAAAUAUCUUCGUUCAGGUGCUUUCCAAGGUAUGGCAGCGGGCACGGGCCUUGGUGUCGCACCUGGAGCUACGUUGGGUGCUAUAACAGGCACUUUAGUUGGCGGCAUCUCUUCGACCCUUCUCGGUGGAAUAGGAGCUGGAUUGGGCGGAGUCACAGGGGCAAUCCAUGGUCCGUGGGUGAAUAUGGGCAAAGUAGCCGGAAAGGGGAUGAAGAAGCUCACAAGCUGGAUCCCACAAUGGGCAGCAAGCGAGGAGCAGAAGAGGACGCUAGAGAAGAUGGUGGGACAGGCUAAUGAGGAAGAAAUGCCUGGCACUGAAGAGCUUGAAAAAUUCAAGAGCGAAGGAGGUGGAGGGAAGAUUGACGAAGGCUGGAUGGAAAGUGCGAAGGGCAUGAUGCCGGAUCAGAAAGAGGUAUCGGACGCAGCAAAGGCUGGCGCUCAAGCUGGCGGUGGAGAUUCAGACUCGAAGCCCAGCGAAAGCCAGCCUGCGGAGCCAUCAAAGAGCGAUUCGACGCAAAAAAGUGACACACAGGGUCGUAAGAAGCCACGGAAGUUGAAUGCAAAGCAGGAAGAUGGCGAAGCACAAUCAGCAAAGACAGAGCCAUCGGAUGCUACCGGGAGACCCGACACGCAAAAUGGUGAGGAACUGGACGAACGAGAGAAGAAGCUUGAUCAACGGGAAAGUGAGCUUGAUCGGCGACAGGCCGAGCUGGAUGAAAGGGAAAAGGCUCUAGCACAGCGUGAACAGGAAAUAGGAUCACAAUCUGGGGACGGCGUGUCAAAACCUGAAGGUGAAGCACCAAAAUCUGAUGGCGACACAUCAGAGCCUGCAACAGCGUCGAAGCCAAAGGGUCAACCACGCAAGCUUGCAAGUAGAUCAUAG